AUGUCUGUCCGUGGUGGUAGUAGUAUAAGAAGUUGGAUUUGGCUGUACUUUGAUCCAGUGUAUAUUGAUAAUAUAAGACAUGCGGUUUGUAAAGUCGAGAUAGUAAAAGGAAAAAAAUGUGGAACAAAAUACAAGGUUAACACAUCGACAAGUAACUGCUCUUUUCACCUCUUAAAUGUUCACAGUAUAACCGAAGACCAAAGUAAAAAUAAAAAUAAUACAGCGUUAAUUAUUAUACCUCACGAUGAGUCACAUCAGAUUCAAUUAUGCAAAUACCUUGCGGACUGGAUCAUAACCGAUUCUCAACCACUCACCGUUCUUGAAAACCCAGCUUUUAAAAAAUUUAUAACAGAAUUAGAUCCAAA